GUGCAGAGCAGAGUCUGUUUUCUCCAUCUCUAUCCUUCACAUAUAUCAUCAUUAUCAAAAAUGUCUCCAUUUCUCUUCUCUCCUCCUUUGGGUUGCUGCUGCUGCUGCUUCCUUCCAACACCUUCGCUUUCACUCAACUCAUCAUCGACAUCACCAUCACCAUGUUUGCCGCCAUUACAACAGCUUUUCCUUUAAUUAAUUGCGCUUUUUGCAGAUUCCUCAAUUGCCUUGCACCUACCUACCUGCUGAUUUGAAGAAGAUUUUAAAAAACUAACAAUGGUGGAUAGAAUCAGGAGGUACAGUUAUCCGCGAGAUAAUACCGGUAGUGGAGAAACUGAAAUCUCCUACUACUGUUCCAACCAGCAGUCCUUCUCCUCCACUUUGCUUGAUGCGAUUUACCGCGAAAUUGAUCGAGGAAAUGAUAUUCCGGAGGAGGAUGUCGCCGCUGUUUAUCGGAAGAAGAAUACCGUCGCGGAUGAAAAAAUCGUCGCGCCUGCGGCGGAUGUGAAGAAAUUGAGGAAUGGUGGAGCGAAAUCGAGGUCCUGUUCUGUGGAUUCCAGUGGCGGUGGAUUCUUCUCCGCCUCCGGCGAAGGUGAAGCGUUUCCUAGCCGCAGGACGAAGACGGUUCGCACCGGAGGAACGGAGUUUGAAGUUCACGUCGAUCGUGAAAUUAAUCGUCGAUCUGAGGAGAAGGCGAAGCACGAAGGAGGAUUUCUGAAGACGAAAUCGCGAGCGCUGAAACUUUACGGAGAAUUGAAGAAAGUAAAGCAGCCGAUCUCUCCCGGCGGCAAGCUCGCCGGCCUUUGGAACUCUCUUCUCUCGAAGAAACCGAAACUCGCCGCCGGCGACGAUUCACCUUCUCUAAAGUCGGCGACGACCAACACGUCGUCGUCCACGUGCUCCUCAGCCUCCUCAUUCUCCCGAUCCUGCCUGAGCAAAACGCCGUCGUCCAGAGGCAAAUCCUCUGGCGGCGAGAAAAGGUCCGUCCGGUUCUUUCCGGUGAGCGUAAUCGUCAACGAGGACUGCCAGCCGUGCGGACACAAACCAUUACAUCAGGAAAGCAACAUCAAGUCCGCCAUUGAUGAAGAGCUGAUGCUCCACAUCAUGAGUUACCAGAAGAAAAUCGAAAACAACAGGCGAAUCGAAUCUCCGUUCCAUGGAACAACAAAACCUCAAGGAUUCGUUCAUCCAGACGUCGACGACUACGACGAUGAAUUCGACGGAUCUAGCGAAUCGAGCUCAGAUUUGUUCGAGCUUGAUAACCUCUCCUCCAUCGGAAUGAAUCAAAGGUACGUCGAACAACUACCUGUGUACGAAACCACUGAUCUCCGUACCAAUCGUGCCAUUGCAGAUACUUUUAUUUUCUAAUUUUUUUUUUUUUUUAAAAAAAAAACUCUAGCUAAUGUUUGUAUGCGGCAUGUGUAUUUAUUUUAAUAAUAAUUAAUUAUUGUUUGUUUUGCC